CCGCAUUGUUCUUUCAGGAACAUAUUGAAGACAUAUGGUCAUGUCGCCUUGGUAAAGCCGGUAUUUUCAUAUUUCGGUGCGUCGAGUAUAUCUUUGCUAGAAGGUGCUGACCAGGCUCGACAUACAGAAAGUCCUUUGUUAAUGACAAUGCAGGACAAUAUUUCUGUUGCAAGUGAUUCAUGUCCCUCUUUGCCUCAAGAACUUGUCGAUUAUAUCCUCGACUUCCUGCACGAUGAUAUCCCUGUUUUACGGACGUGCUCUCUUGUUUCCAACGGCUUCUUGCCCAGGAGUCGUCAUCACAUCUAUUCAGGCGUUUUAAUCGUGCAUGAUAUGGAGCUUGACUCGUUUCGGGAACAACACGCUGGGAAAUUGUACAGAUGUGGAAAUUUCGACGCCCUGUUGAAACAUUCCCCUCACGUUGGACCGCUAGUGAGGACAUUAGGGAUGCAUACCAUGUCAGAGAGACUGGACGAUCUGUGCGCCUACUCUUCACUCCAUUCUAUCUUUCACUCCCUCCACAAUCUCUCUCAACUCCAACUCGUCGAUCAGAGAGACAUGACCAUUUGGAACUUCUUGCCGAUCGUAUUUCGAGAACUCUUUCUCACAACGCUACGUUCCUCGCGAAUCACAACAUUGCAACUCAAAGGCAUUGCAUAUGCCACAAAUAAUGAACUAGAAGAUGUAUUCACCGCGGUAGCAAAUCCAGUUCUAAAGCAUCUGUCGAUUGACUCCGAUUUCGGAGAAAAAACAUCUUCAACCUUUCCAUUAACGAUUCGCCAGCCAGCGAAUGGUCUCCCAGAGCUGGAGUCUCUGUCCAUGUCUGGGGAUUCCAUGUGUCAUCAGAUAGAAUACCUUUUCUUCAAUAGAUCCCUGUACAACGUCAGCCAUGUCCGACAGCUCUCUCUUCAACUGAGUAGCGACACAACGGGAUCAGUCGUACAAUCCCUUCUCGACGAGAUGAGAGAUACCCUUGAAUGUUUAACUCUCGAUGUUACGCAUUAUGCGGAUCAAAAUAAUGGUUUUGACCUCAGACGACAUAAGAAACUCACAUCCUUUUACAGUGUCCUUUUCUUCACACUGAAUACUUGGCUCCUGACGAUAUGGUUCGGUCCUGCAUUACAAUCAUUGACUACUGAGCUGCUUGUCGAUGAUUGGGUGAUCGAGCCAGACGCUCCUACAUUGACAAAAGUUGAUGCGCACAUUGACAAACUGGCGCUACCUAUGCUACAGCAUGCACAUGUCAAGCUGCAUGAUAUCAGCCAUAAUGUGUGCAGCUAUUUUUGGUGUGACGGUGAUUACCUACCUCCGGGUCAUGAUGAAUGGAGAAACCAAGUCGAAGAGCAGAUGCCGUUGCUAAGCAGCAAAAGGAUCUUAGAAGUUGACGUUGUAAAACAGCGCUAUUGCGUAGCGAGGGCAAAUGACUCCAUCUGAUACACAGGUCUAUUUCACCUUGUAAAAUGAUAUUCUCUCGUGUAUAAUUACAAGCAUAUACCCGCCGAACUUCCCAGUUUCGUCAAUCGCCAAUGAAAGAACGGGCCGGAAAUUACUACCUCAACACAUGCGCUUGAAGAAGUGUGUCACUGCUCUGAUUCGGAAACUGGUCAGCAGUGAACCGGGCAGAUGGGAGAACCUUGUCGAAAUUCAGAAUAACAUGCAACAUGAGAUAUCUCGUGCACAUCUAUAAGAUGAUGUAGACCUGCGAAC